CCCCCCCUUUCUCCCCCCACGUCUCGGCCCUCUUUCGCCUGCACUCCGCCUUGCCUUGCCAUCAUGGCCUCCUCCCGGGCGGUCACCCCCAUGCGGGCAUCGACGCCACGGACCCCGGUCUCCCCGCCGCAACUCCUACAGCAACUCGAGGGCAUCGCCGAUCUGAUCCACUCGCUACCAGGGAAGUCCGUCCAAGACGGCCAGGCCUACUUCAACGAGUUGGUGCUCUGCCUGGAGCGUUGCUUCCGCCACGGCCUGAAAGGCAAAGUCACGCUUUUUGGCGGCAUCGAGCGCCGGGACUACUUUUCUUGGGUUGCCUCGCUGGCCAGCGGCGACCCGGUUCUCCGUGAAGAGGUCAUCAAAUCCCAGCGGGUGAUCAAGCCGACAAACCUGCAAGAGCAGGGGCGUGCCUUCCUCAAGUGGGCUCUCCGCCACCAGCUCCUGGCCGACACGACACAGAAGCUUGUCAUCAAGCCCGACAUCUUGAAUGAAUUCUAUGUGCCCGAGGCCUUCAUGCAGAAUGGGUAUUGCUUCCGUGCUUUGGUCACCCUGUUGUAUGACCUGCACGGAGUGACCUUCAUCAUCCCGGGCGAAAGCUCCCCGGCACCGGCGCCUGUCCCGACACGGACGCCCCCCGCCAGCGUUCGGCCGCCCGCCGCUGUUUCUGGCGCCACUGCUCCGAACGCUGUUCCCUCGGGCACCGGUGCUUCGACUGCCACUGCCCCCGCUGUUCCCGCGUCGGCAACCAAGGCGCCCGCCAUCGACGCCAUCGAGAAUGCCCCGGCCGCAGUUGCCGUGGCUGCUCCUGCCACGAGCUCGACCUCCGAGCCGCCUGUGUCGGCCAGUGCCCCCGGGCCCGCGUCUGCCCUCGCCACACAGGCCAAGAAGCGCCGCCCUAGAAAGCCCAAGACGAUUGCCCUCGACGAGGAUCCUGAGCAAGCGGCCCCACCUGGCGACUCGCUGGCCCCCAGCGAGACUGCAGACUCAGCUGGCACACCAGGUGUUGCUGAUAAUGUGCCCGUCUGCGAUGAAGUCCCGGGCCCAGCCGAGGCCUCGGCUGGGCCCUCGGCCACUGACGCCCCGUCAGCCGGUCCGAUGGCCAUCUCCUCUUCGGAGACAAAGGAAGCUACCGGCUCCGAGGACCGCGGUGCCGAGUCGCUUCCCGCUUCGUCGUCCACGCCGUUUCUUGUCAGCUCGUUGCCAGUUUAUCUCCCAUAUCCGGCACAGCCCCCCUCGGUCACGCGGCCGGACGAGAGCGGCCACUUGCUUCCCAGCACGCCUGGCAUGUCGGUCCCCGGUCUGGCUGCCAUCGAGAACGCCUUCCUGCCCGGGGGCAUGGAUUUCACCGCGUCAGGCCCGCAUGCGGCGUCCGGCUUCCCUCUGCCGGUGACCGUGCUGCCGCCUGAUGUCGUGGCCAGCCCGAUCCCCGAAAAUGCCGGUACAUUCAGCGGGCUGCCUUCGAUGCCCCCGCAGCAGGCAGACGCCCUCGUUGGCUCUGGAUGUGGCGCUUGCUCGGGACACCGGACCGAGGCCGAGACCCUGCGCAGCUCCAUUGCCACCACCACCUCCGCCCUGGCCACCGCGCAGGCACUCAUCCAAUCGCAAGGGGAACACAUUCUCGUGUUUGAGAAGACAAUUGCCCUGCAAACAAAUCAGCUGGAGAGCGCGGCCUCCCGGCGUGAUGCCCUUGAGAAGGAGGUUGACCGACUGACGGCCGAGCUUCGCAUGGAGACCAGCGCCCGGCGCCGUGCCGAGGAAAAUAUCCGCAUCUUGGAGGGGACCAUCCAGCGACUCGAGCACAAGCACAUCACCACACUCACCGAGAAGGAUGCCUUCGCGGACGAGUCGCGCCUGACAGCCUGGGCACUGAAGAAUGCCCAAGCCGCGCUGCAGCGCCUGCAGCAAGAGCGCCACCAGGUAGAGCGGCGAGCUUGGGUGGCGGACGAGGACGCACCGAACUGCGGCGAGUGCCAUCGGCACUUUACGUUCUUCCGGCGGCGGCACCACUGCCGCCGGUGUGGGCGCAUUUUCUGCCACGCUUGCUCCUCGAAGGUGGCCCUGACCACGGCGGCUCCGACCCCGGUGCGCGUCUGCGACCAUUGCUACACCGCAUGCACGAAUGCCGCGGGCAAUGACACCGGGCCCACCAGUGUCGCCAGCGCGGGCCCCUCCCCCGGCGGCGCAGCAGCCUCAUAGACAUAUCUCGAGCCAUCGGGCGCGAGCUCGGUGCUUGGUCAUCUGUGCUUUUUUUUUGCUCCUUUUGACUCAUAUACGGGCGUGCGCCA